AUGUCUGCCGAGACUACGAGCGUAUUUCCGCUCGUGAACCCCGGCAAGCCGUCGUCGCUGCGCAGGAGCCACAGCGUCGCCUCGGAAUCGCUCCCCACCCCUCCCAGCACAAUCCGCAAACGGCCCCGCACAGGCUCGCGCUCUUCCGUCUAUUCCGAUGACGAAGAUGCGACCGCGGAGGACGAGCUGCCGCGCCCGUUAUCGCCCGAGCCAUCGAAGAAGAAGCGGAGAAUCGACGAGGCGGGCAAGGCGGUGGCCAGCGGCGGCGACGAGACGGAGGAGGAAGAGUUCUGGGGCCCUAAGCGCCCAGCACCAAAGAAGCGCCGUGCGGCAGCGCAGGGCAAGCGCCGGAGCACGACGCGCUCAAAGUCGCCGCCGAAAGUGACGGACACGGCAUCGCGCCGGGCCGCGGCGUCGACGCUCCUGUCGCCACCGCCCACCCGCCCCCGCGAUCCCGUGACCCCGCCUCGCCGUACAUUCUCCAAGGACAAGGAGGCGGCGAAGGGCAAAGACAAGGAUAUCCACCCCGUCCGCGAUAGCCCGAACAACCCCUUCCUCGUCGCCCUCCCGGCCGACGCCGCGGCCGACUCGGAUGCCGAAUCCGACGUCGAAGUGCCCUCCUCCCCUCUGGGCCCCAAGACGCCCCUGCCGGAACUCCCCACUAUGACCUACGUAUUCCGCGGCAAGAAGCAGAUCUUCGCGAACCCGUUCUACGGCGCGCAGCCCGACCCGCGCGCGACGCUCAGCCCGCGCCACCCCGACUACUCCCCCAGCGAGAUGUGCGCGCCCCGCAGGCUGUUCAAGCCGCGGAGCCGCAGCGCUUCUAGCAAGCUUGUUCCGCAAUCUGACAAGGAAAAGCGCGCGGCGAGCCCGGACCCGUGGGAUAGUGAGGACGAAGAGGGCGCGGGAAAGCCGAUGCCGCGCCUGGCGCUUGUCAAGGAGUUCGCGAAGGCCCGGGGCGAGGGCGCUGUGGCGCGUGCGCAUGACAGCGAUGACGAGGCGCCUGUCGUCGAGAAGCGCCAGGCUUCGCGUUCGCGUUCUCGUUCGCACCAUGAUGAAGAGGAGGACGAUGCGACGGUCGCGGCGCCCACUUCGGACACUGUCGCCCCGGAGGCGCACAGUGAUGGCGAGGACGAGCCUACGCCGAAGGCUAAGAAGAUCGCUCGGAAUGGGUCUUCGAAGGCUUCGUACAGGGAUGGCAUGGUCCGCUCGACGUCCUACGUCAAGAAGGCUUCCUCUCAGUCAGUUUCGCGUUCCCGCUCGCGUAGCGGGGAGGAGUGGACCGCCGAGGUCUAA